AUGAGCAAAAGUCCCCCUGCCCCCCUUCGGUGGGGCUUCCUCGGCUGCGGCCGCAUCUCGUCGGACUUUAUCAACGCCAUCAAGUCUUUUGAUAGCCUUGUGCUUCAAGCUUGUGCUGCACGUUCCUUACCGAGUGCCCAAGCCUUUGCCAACGAGCAUAUGGUCCACGAAGCGUACGGAUCCUAUGAAGCUCUUGUUGCAGAUUCUCAAGUAGAUGUCGUCUACAUUGGCACGCUCCACCCGUGGCAUUAUGAGCACACAAUGCUGGCUUUGAAGCACGGGAAGCACGUGCUCGUGGAAAAGCCCAUGACCAUGAAUGCGGCUCAGGCGUCAUCUGCAAUUGCUCUUGCACGAGAGGAGCAAUUGUUUCUCGCUGAAGGCAUGUGGACUCGGUUUUUCCCUGCUGUCCGCUACGUUCGCCAACUUUUAGUGGACAAGGUGAUUGGGGACGUUCACCACGUGCAUGCUGCCUUUGGCGUCCAGUACGAACGGGACAACGUCCGGAUGUGGCACAAUGAGCUUGGAGGGGGAGGUCUUCUUGAUAUUGGCAUUUACCCGCUCGCGUUCGUCACAAUGGUCUUCGGUGCACAGCCAGACAACAUCGUAUCGGCUGGCAAGCUCAAUGACGGGCAAGUGGACAUUUAUAACUCUGUCACGCUCGAGUACAGCAACCUUCGCUUCGCUACUAUCCAGUACACAAUGCUAGCUACGUUGGAUGAGACCGUCACUAUCACUGGCAGCAUGGGGCGCAUUCACUUGCCUGCACCAGCUCACACGGCAAACGAAGUGAGAGUGAUCAAAUACCAACCAAAUGGCUUGGAGGAAGAGACUAGGUCUGUCUUCCCGUGGCCAACAUCGGUUCCAGGCGCUACGUUCAAUUACGGAGGCUCAGAGGGAUUUUUCUACGAGGCCGAAGCUGUGAUCAACGCUGUACGCAACGAACAGCUCGAGCUAGAGGAGUAUCCGCUUGAUGAAUCGCUUCAGAUUAUGACCAUAAUGGACAAGAUCCGCUCCGACUUGGGGCUUGUCUACAGUGCGGACCUCAAUUGA